AGCUCUCAGUGCUGCCUGCGCUCCUCAAUUCUGCCAGCCGAGCUUGCCUUCAGCAGCUGCUGUCGACCAGCAGCAAUUCGCAACACGAUGGAGAGCAGGCACACUCUCCUUCUAACUGCUGCUGUUUGCUUUCUCUUUAAAGGCUGCGGGGGCUCCGAGGCCGAGCACCGCCUCUACAACGCCCUGUUCGAGAACUACAACCAGUUCGUGAGGCCGGUGAGGAACGUCUCGGAGCCGGUCAUCAUCCAGUUCGAGGUGUCCAUGUCCCAGCUGGUGAAGGUGGAUGAAGUGAACCAGAUCAUGGAAACCAACUUGUGGCUGAAGCACAUCUGGAACGAUUAUAAGCUUCGCUGGAAUCCAGUGGACUACGGAGGUUCUGAAUUCAUCCGAGUGCCAUCCGGCCAGAUCUGGAAGCCAGAUAUCGUUUUAUAUAACAAUGCAGUUGGAGAUUUCCAGGUUGAUGACAAGACAAAGGCCCUACUGAAAUACACAGGUGAUGUGACCUGGAUACCUCCGGCUAUAUUUAAAAGCUCAUGUAAAAUAGAUGUAACCUACUUCCCUUUUGACUAUCAGAACUGCACCAUGAAGUUUGGUUCCUGGUCUUACGAUAAAGCCAAAAUUGACUUAGUUUUAAUUGGCUCUACAAUGAACCUGAAAGAUUACUGGGAGAGUGGAGAAUGGGCUAUUAUUAAAGCUCCUGGGUAUAAACAUGACAUCAAGUACAACUGUUGUGAAGAGAUAUAUCCAGAUAUCACAUAUUCUCUUUACAUUAGGCGCUUACCUUUAUUUUACACUAUCAACAUGAUUAUUCCAUGUCUGCUGAUAUCUUUUCUGACUGUCUUAGUUUUCUAUUUGCCUUCAGACUGUGGUGAGAAGGUGACACUCUGCAUAUCAGUACUUUUAUCUUUAACAGUGUUCCUUCUCGUUAUCACAGAAACCAUACCUUCUACUUCUCUGGUAAUUCCACUGAUUGGGGAAUACCUCCUUUUCACCAUGAUAUUUGUAACUCUAUCUAUUGUCAUUACGGUAUUUGUACUUAAUGUGCACUACAGAACACCCAAGACACACACAAUGCCAGUUUGGGUUAGAACCAUCUUCCUGAACUUACUUCCCAGGAUCAUGUUUAUGACAAGGCCUGCCAGUGACGAAGAGAAUAAUCAGAAGCCAAAACCAUUUUACACUGCUGAGUUUUCACAUUUAAACUGCUUCAACAGUUCUGAAACCAAAUGCUGCAAAGAUGGCUUUGUAUGUCAAGAUACAAUAUGCAGCUGUUGUCAGUAUCAACGAAUGAAGUUCUCAGAUUUCAGUGGCAAUCUCACAAGAAGUUCAAGCUCUGAAUCUGUAGAUCCGCUGCUUUCAUUUUCAGUUCUGUCACCAGAAAUGAGAGAUGCUAUUGAAAGUGUUAAAUACAUUGCAGAAAAUAUGAAAAUGCAGAACGAAGCAAAAGAGAUUCAGGAUGACUGGAAAUAUGUUGCCAUGGUCAUUGAUCGCAUUUUUCUAUGGGUUUUUGUCCUGGUAUGUAUUCUAGGAACAGCAGGAUUGUUUUUACAACCUUUGAUGGCUGGAGAUGAAAUGUAAAAAUUCAAAAUGAUACCUUACAAAAAUGAAACUUUUGCCAACCAACCCUUUUUCCUCUGCAUCUGAUGUCUUUUGUAUGCAUUUCAUUAGUAGAAUAAGGAUCUUUCUUAGCUUCAACUUUGCUUGACCAAGAAGGCUCUACUAAAAAUGUGAAGAGUUUAUUCUGAGCUGUUAUGCCAGCUGAUCUCAAGGUGAUAUGCUCUAGGAUAUGCUUUAGGCUUGCCAGCUACUCUUUGUAAUAACUGGUAAAAAUGUAGGUAGUACAUUAAAAUUUAUAGGAAUAGUUUAAAAAUAGUUUGAUAAAGAAACUGAUAACUAUGUAGGUAGUCUGAAGUUUGAGACAAUCUCAAUACUUGAGCUACCAGAUUUGUUUCCAGGAGUCUGGUGCUAAGUCUUUUCAUGCUGCAACAAGUUCUUCUGGGAUUAAGUUCAUAAUUAGUUCAGUGACUGUUCCCACAAAAAUGAAGGAAUUUAGGAAGCUUAUCUACUGAAUUGUUAGAAUGGAGAACAUUGCCACCUGGUGUAUAAACAAUGAUUCAAAUUGUGGGAGGAAAGGACCUUGGGCAGGAUUAUUUAGGAAAGGAAAAUGAAUGUGAUUAAUAGAUUAUAAUGAUGAUAAAGCAGCCAGAAUAUAAACUCUGUGCAUCAGCAUAUUUUCACUAUAUAAAAAGACUGUCAGAAAAACAUCAAGCUAUUCAGACCUAAUAAUGUUUUAAACUGUAUACAAAUAAAACACAGUAAUAUGCAGUCAGGGGGUUAUGCAAAGGAUCAAAAUACUGUAGGAUAGUUUGGAUAUGGAAGCAUCUUGCCACAGCAAAGUGCUUUAUUAUGUGGGAAGGCAGGCAGAUACAAAGCAUUCCUGUAAAGUAUGCUAAAAAAUUGCUUCUUAGGCAUACUUUUUUUUUUGUCUGUGACUACAGAUGUUUUGAAUGCAUGAAUAAACAGUACAACAAAAUACUGUAAUGAGAAAACAUUUUGUAAAGUUAUUAACUGUUUCCAGUUAUGCCAAACUGGAAACUUUUUGGAAAUACAGUGGUAUC